CACAAGGAUGUGGACUCAGCUCCUUCUAGGAAUAUUGACCCUAUCACCAGCCAUUGCAGAAAAAUAUCUCCCAAACUAUCUGGUGACAGUACCAGCCCAGCUUAACUUCCCCUCUACCCAGAAAGUUUGUUUGGAUCUGCGCCCGGGGUCCCAUGAUGUAAAAUUCACUAUUACUCUGGAGACCAACAACAAGACCCAGAAGUUGCUAGAAACUUCUGAAUCGAAGAAAAGACCCUUGCAGUGCAUCUCCUUUCCGGUACCACCUCCUGCUGGUGGUACAGAAGAAGUGGCUACAAUGUGGGUGUCGGCGACCGGAAGUAAUAUCAGCUUGGAGGAGAAGAAAAAGGUUCUAAUUCAGAGGCAGGAGAAUGGCAUCUUUAUACAAACUGACAAACCUAUCUACAACCCAGGGCAGGAAGUGCACUUCUGCAUUGUCACCCUGAACAGCAGCUUUGUUCCAGUGAGUGACAAGUACUCCAUGGCGGAGCUGCAGGAUCCAAGUAGGAACAGGAUUGCUCAGUGGCUGGAGGUGGUGCCUGAGCAAGGCAUUGUAGACCUGUCCUUCCAUCUGGCACCAGAAGCAACGCUGGGAACCUAUACAGUAGAAGUGGCUGGGGGCACGACCUUUGGCAUGUUCAGUGUGGAAGAAUAUGUGUUGCCUAAAUUUAAGGUGGACGUGAUAGAGCCCAAGCAGUUAUCAACAGUAGAAGAAUCCUUCUUAGUGACAAUCUGUUGUAGGUACACCUAUGGAAAGUCCAUGCUAGGGGCAGUGCAGGUAUCAGUGUGUCAAAAGGCAUAUACUUACCAUUUUCCAGAGGCAGAAUGGGAACAGCUACCUGACAAAUGCAGGAACCUUUCUGGACAGACUGACAAAGCAGGAUGCUUCUCCCCUUCUGUGGACAUGUCCACCUUCAACCUCACUGGUUACAUGUACAGCCACACUAUCAAUAUUGUGGCUACUGUGGUGGAGGAAGGAACAGGAGUAGAAGCCAGUACCACUCAGGAUAUCAACAUUUCUUCACAAGUGGGAUCAAUAACCUUUGAAGACACCAAAAAUUUUUAUUACCCCAGUUUCCCCUUCAGUGGGAAGAUAAGAGUUAGGGGCCAUGAUGGCUCCCUUCUCAAGAAUCAUUCAGUAUUUCUGGUGAUUUAUGGCAUAAAUGGAACCAUCAACCAGACCCUAACUACUGACAGUGAUGGCCUUGCUCCCUUCAAACUGGAUACAGUUAAUUGGAAUGGGGGAGAUAUUUCUCUGGAGGGCAGAUUCCAAAUGGAAGAUUCGGUACACUAUCCAGGACAGAGGCCUCAUUACUACCAAAAUGGCUAUCUGCACCUGCAGUCCUUCUACAGCACAACUUGGAGCUUCCUUGACAUCCACCCACUACAUGGGAUCUUGGCGUGUGGCCAGCCCCAGGAAGUGCUGGUGGAUUAUUACAUUGAUCCAGAGGAUGCAAACCCUGACCAGGAAGUCCUCUUCUCCUACUAUUGUCUUCGUCAAGCUGAAACAAUCAUCCUGAUGCAACAGAGUGAAUGGUCAGAACUAGCCCCUGACCCUUCCCUGGUGAUCUAUGCCAUUUUUCCCAGUGGAGGCAUUAUAGCUGACAAAAUUCAGUUCUCAGUAGAGAUAUGUUUUGACAAUCAGGUCUAUAAGAUGUUCUCAUUCUGGUAUGGUCACUACCCCUAUCAGGUGGCUGAAUAUGAUGAGUGUCCAAUGUCUGGCUCCUGGGACGCUCCUCAGCCCCUCUCAAUUAUGUGGAGGCCUUGGUUCUCUGAAGGCAUGGACCUUUUCCAUUUUUUCCAGGGCAUGGGCCUGAAAAUACUGUCCAAUGCCAAAAUUAAGAAGCCAGUAGAUUGCAGUCAACAGUCUCUAAAAUACAGCAUUGCAAUGUCUGGAGGUAAGCUACCUGAGAGUUUUGAGUCAUCAUCAUCUUCAUCACUUCAGUCAGAGAACUCUCAGGUCUGUCAAUACUUCCCGGAGACUUGGCUCUGGGAUCUGUUUCCUAUUGGUGACUCUGGGAGGGAGGCUGUCCAUGUCAUCGUUCCUGACACCAUCACCGAGUGGAAGGCCAUGACUUUCUGUACCUCCCAGUCCAGAGGCUUUGGUCUUUCACCUACUGUUGGACUGACUGCUUUCAAGCCAUUUUUUGUUGAACUGACUCUCCCUUACUCAGUAGUUCAUGGGGAAUCCUUUCGCCUUACUGCCACCAUCUUCAGUUAUCUGAAGGACUGCAUCAGGGUUCAGACUAACCUGGGUACAUCAGAUAAGUACCAGGUGGAAUCGUGGACAGAUUCUUGGGGCUCCAGCUGUCUCUGUGCUGAUGAAGCAAAAAGCUAUCACUGGAAUAUCACCCCUACCAAAUUGGGUCAUGUGAACUUUACCGUCACUACUAAGAUUCUGGACAGCAAUGAACUCUGUAAGGGGCAGAAGGGGUUCGUUCCAGCAAAGGGCCAGAGUGACACACUCAUCAAACCAGUUCUGGUCAAGCCUGAGGGAGUCCUUGUGGAGAAGACAUACAGUUCAUUGCUUUGCCCAAAAGGACAAGUGGCUUCAGAAUCCAUCUCCUUAGAGCUCCCUGUGGAUGUUGUUCCUGAUUCAAGCAAGGCUUAUGUUAUGGUUCUGGGAGACAUUAUGGGCACAGCCCUACAGAACCUAGACAAUCUGGUACAGAUGCCAAACGGCUGUGGGGAGCAGAACAUGGUCUUGUUUGCUCCCAUAAUCUACGUCUUGCAGUACCUGGAGGAGGCAAGGCUGCUGACUGAGGAAAUCAGGUCUCGGGCAGUGGGUUUCCUGAAGCUAGGGUACCAGAAGGAGCUAAUGUACAAACACAGCGAUGGCUCAUACAGUGCCUUUGGGGAGCAGGAUGGAGAUGGAAACACAUGGCUGACAGCGUUUGUCACCAAAUGCUUUGGCCAAGCUCAAGAAUUCAUCUUCAUUGAUGACAGUAAUAUCCAGGAUGCUCUCAAGUGGAUGGCCAUAAACCAGCUCCCCAGUGGUUGCUACGCCAAUGUGGGAAGGCUCAUUCACACAGCUAUGAAGGGCGGCGUUGGCGAUGAGCUUUCCCUGACAGCGUACCUCACAGCUGCAUUGCUGGAGAUGGGAAAGACCACACAUGACCCGAUGGUGAGUCAGGGUCUGCAGUGCCUCAGGGGCUCGGUUUCCUCCACUACCAGCCUCUACACACAGGCCCUCCUCGCUUAUACUUUCUCUCUGGCUGGGGAGAUGGACAUCAGAAACACUCUUCUCGAAAAGUUAGACCAGCAGGCUAUCAUCUCAGGAGAGUCCACUCCCUGGAGCCCAAAGCCUGCUCCGUCAGUGGAUGCCAGACCUUGGUCUCAGCCUGAGGCUGUAGAUGUGGAACUGACAGCAUAUGUAUUACUGGCCCAGCUUAGCACAGCCAGCCUGACUCAAAAGGAGCUUGCCAAGGCCACUGCCACAGUGGCUUGGUUGGCCAAGCAACAUAGUGCAUAUGGGGGCUUCUCUUCUACUCAGCUGAGUAAGAAGACUCAGACCUAUACCUUCACCAUCAGCCAAAGUGUGUUGGUCAACCUGAAACCAGCAACCAUCACAGUCUAUGACUACUACCUCCCAGAUGAAUGGGCAACAAUUCAGUACUCUGACCCCUGUGAAUGAGGAUAGAAGUUGGAAAGAGACUAACUUAAUCCUCUGUGACAUUACUGGACAGCCUUCUUCUGCCUCUUAAAGCAAAACACAUUUAAUCCAGUAAUGUGAUUUCUCUGACUGACUAGUGAGUGAGUAACAGAUGAGCAGGCUUGAACUUCAGCUACUUUCUACUACUAUUCACAGAUGCAUAGGUGCUAGAAUAAAGGGCUGUGGGAAAUGAAGUAGGAAUAAUCACACAAAGGAGAAAUUACAUGGAAAAGACCACUGGGAGAGGAGAUGUGGUUUAGCCAUGUAGGGGACUCUCCAGAGAGGAUAUGGAGGUAGAGGAUGAUCCAGGGAAGAUAAAAAUGUCUUCCUGGAGAUUAAAUCUAAGCGAAGAUGUAAUUUAGGGCUUUGGGAAUAGAUUAAAAAAAUUUUUUUCUUUGAAAAGAAAA